CUGGUGCGGCGGUGCGCACACCCCAAAUUUCAAAUGUCAAACACCGAAGAGCUCGAAAUUUCACCUAAUUAUGAUUAUGAUGAUGACUACUACUGCGCCACCGACGAAGGAGAAGAAGAGGAAUUCGGUGGGGGAGUGAAAGCGGAAAGCAACAGGUUCCCUGAUAAGGUGGUGCGGCUGAGCCCAUUUUUUGGCGGCGGCGGCGGCGGGAAGAGCUCAGGAGAAUGCCGCAGCUGGAAUGGGGCGGCGCUGAUGAUGCUAUUGUGCGCCGCGGGCCUAAUCGUGGACCCUCUGUUCUUCUACGCUUUCUCCAUCAGCGACAGCUGCAUGUGCCUCUUCGUCGACGGGUGGUUCGCCGCAGCCGUGACGGUUCUUCGCUGCAUCAUCGACGCCGUGCAUCUUUGCGACUUGUGGUUGGCGUCGAUCAGAAGAAGGAAACGCCGCACCGACACCGCCACUUGCGGCCGUCCUGUCACUGCUCCUCCGUAUCUUCAAGGGAGUUUCCUGCAGCUCUUCCUCAUCCUUCCUUUGCCGCAGAUAAUGUUAUGGGUAGCAAUUCCAGCAUACCUAGAGAAGGGGUUAAUCACAAAUGUGAUGACGUUACACUUAAUCGUCUUCCUCACCCAAUAUGUUCCAAAGAUCUAUUUUUCCGUUGUCCUCUUAUGGCAGAUGCACGACCUAACUAGCUACACCGUUUGGUGUGGGAUCGCUCUCAACAUGAUGGCAUAUUUCAUCGCCUCUCAUGCAGUAGGGGCAUGUUGGUUUUUGCUAGGAAUACAAAAUGUUGUCAAGUGCUUGAAAGAGAAAUGCACAACGAAUAAGGAUUGCCGACCCAUAUUCCUAACUUGCAAGGACCCAUUUUACUAUAGAACAACAAGCACCGUAAGCUGCAGCGGCCAAACCUCUAGAAAUGCCCGCUUGCUAUGGGGGGAGAACCGCCAUGUAAGGAUGACCUGUUUGGACACUGAUGACAACAACUUUGCGUAUGGAACUUAUUAUGAAUGGACCAUUCAACUCGUUACGAAUGAGAACCCUUUGGAAAAGAUUCUCCUUCCCAUCUUUUGGGGACUCAUGACUCUCAGUUUUGGUAACUUGAAGAACAUGACUGAUGAACUUGAAGUGAUUUUCAUGAUCCUCAUUCUCACAAGUGGGGUACUUCUAGUUACCAUGUUUAUUGGCAGCACCAAGGUGUUUUUUCGUUCAAUGACGUCAAAGAAGCAAGCAGUGCACUUGAAGAUGAGAAACAUAGAAUGGUGGAUGAAGAAAAGACGGUUGCCACCCAAGAUAAUACAAAGGGUGAGAAACUACAAGUGGCAACGCUGGGCAGCGAUGGGAGGCAUGGAAGAUGAGUGGGAAAUGUUACAAGAUAUUCCCCAAGGACUUAGGAGAGACAUCAAAUAUCAUCUUUGCUCUAACUUGAUUAGGCAGGACUAUUCUGAGCUAAACAGGUCAAAAAUCAUCCAAGGGAACGAGAUUGGACCUUAAAAGAUCAAGGAAAGUGCAAGGAGGCAAGAAAGAUUUCGAUUUGGAAAAAUUACUCAUGUACCCAGUCGGGUAUAGGAAAUACUCGAUCAGGUAUUUGCUUGAUUCGAUUGUCCAAAUCAAAUCCGAGAACAAAUGAUCGUGGGAGCAAAUUUUCGUGAAGAUUUGUCACAUACCCGGUCGGGUAUCAGACCCUGCAGUUCCCAAAAGCCUAUAAAUACACCCCUUUCCUUCUCAAUAAAAUAACCAAUUCACAUAUACUCUUUAGCUCAGUUUAGUUUAGUAUUUUCUUUAUAUUUUCUAUCAUGUUUAGUCUCCAAAUGAAGAACUAAAGUCUUCCAUCUUGGUUUUGCUACUUUGAAGCUUAUUGGAUUGUAAGUUGUGAGUUAUUUUCUUUAAUCUUC